AUGGAGCUUCGAGUGGGAAACAAAUACCGGCUGGGCAGAAAGAUUGGAAGUGGAUCGUUUGGAGACAUUUACCUAGGAGCCAAUAUUGCAACUGGUGAAGAGGUGGCCAUCAAACUGGAAUGUGUCAAAACCAAGCAUCCCCAGCUCCACAUUGAAAGCAAGUUCUACAAGAUGAUGCAGGGAGGAGUGGGUAUCCCCUCCAUUAAAUGGUGUGGAGCAGAGGGGGACUACAAUGUGAUGGUGAUGGAACUUUUGGGGCCCAGCCUGGAAGAUCUCUUCAACUUCUGUUCCCGCAAAUUUAGUCUCAAGACAGUUCUGCUGCUGGCAGACCAGAUGAUCAGCCGUAUUGAGUACAUUCAUUCCAAGAACUUCAUCCAUCGGGAUGUGAAGCCAGACAACUUCCUUAUGGGCCUUGGCAAAAAGGGCAACCUAGUAUACAUCAUUGAUUUUGGUUUGGCCAAGAAGUACCGAGAUGCCCGGACCCACCAGCACAUCCCUUAUCGGGAAAACAAGAAUCUGACUGGCACAGCCCGUUAUGCCUCUAUCAACACCCACCUGGGAAUUGAACAAAGUCGCCGUGAUGACCUGGAGAGCCUGGGUUAUGUGCUCAUGUAUUUCAACCUGGGCUCGCUGCCCUGGCAGGGCCUCAAGGCUGCCACCAAGCGCCAAAAGUACGAGAGGAUCAGCGAGAAAAAGAUGUCAACGCCCAUCGAGGUGCUCUGCAAAGGGUACCCUUCUGAGUUCUCGACAUACCUCAACUUCUGCCGUUCACUGAGGUUUGAUGAUAAACCUGACUACUCGUACCUGCGGCAACUCUUCCGCAACCUCUUCCACCGCCAAGGCUUCUCCUACGACUACGUCUUUGACUGGAACAUGCUUAAAUUUGGAGCAGCCCGGAACCCUGAGGAUAUGGACCGUGAGCGGCGAGAGCAUGAGCGAGAGGAGAGGAUGGGGCAGCUUCGAGGGUCAGCCACGCGAGCGCUGCCCCCUGGCCCACCUGCCGGAGCCACUGCCAACCGUCUUCGGAAUGUCACCGAACCCAUGGCAUCCACCCCCACCUCCCGAAUCCAGCAGUCCGGCAACACGUCCCCCAGAGCAAUCUCAAGAGUGGACAGGGAGCGGAAGGUCAGCAUGAGGUUACACCGGGGAGCUCCCGCCAACGUCUCCUCAUCUGACCUCACAGGGCGGCAAGAAGUGUCACGGAUUUCAGCAUCACAGACAAGUGUGCCAUUUGAUCACCUUGGGAAGUGAGGAGCAAUUGCCACUGGACCAGUGUUUGCUUAGGUGAGCCUGUACUCAUGCCUGGGAACCCCUGAGGAGGGAAGUACUGGGAAUAAAAAGCCUUAAGUUAAGACGUCGUGUUGUUGUGGGGAAUCGGUGUAUUUCCUUUCCUUUCACCUUACUUUGAGAUGUUUUUUGGCUUCAGAGGAAAGAGUAAGGUUGGCUGCCAAAACCUUGAGGGGACAGAUUGUCUUAAGUAUAAAGGUAGCUUCCAUUUCUCCAGGAGGAUAGGAAGGGUGGAGAAGGUGCUGAGCUGGGGAGCCAUUUCAUUAGUUCCUCAUGAAUACUUUUCUGGCAGUGUGACAAUGUUCAGGUGGAGGGUGCUGAGCAGGUAAUCAAGUGUGCAAGACUUUGUACAGCUACUGAGUGCCUCUUACAGAGGAUACUACAGUAGCUGGGUAAGGUAACUCUGAGGGGAGGCAGGAGUGUAGAAGAAAGGGCUGAUUUGAUCUGUUACACUCCAACUGGCAAUAGAAGUGCUGGGAAGAGCCUUUAUUCCUAACAUCUCUUGCCUUUUUCUCUCUUUUGAAUUCUCUUUUUAGUGUCUUCACUGUAUUUUUCUUUUAAAAAACAAAAAAACCCAAAAAACAAACAAAAACCUAAAAAAAAUAAAAGACAAAAAAAAAAACAAACAAAAAAAAUCCAACAGAAUUUCUUUUUGCCAACGAUGAGGAGUCGAGCUGUGCCCCUGCACUGGUGUGAGCCGUUUCCAGAGGGUCACCUGUCCCCGGCGUGAGCGCCUCCGAGGAGCUGUCGACGUGGGAGCCGUGUGGGAACACCUGAGCUGCCCCCAGCCCCUACUGCUGCCCCCACUGGCUACCCUCAGUUCCCUCUCCUGACUCUCCGCUCCUGCUUUUGAUUUCUCUCUCUUUUUUUCUUCCUUUUUCUUGGAUAUCUUCUGCUUUAAUUUUUUUUAAUAUUGUUUUCAAAUCAUAUGGUUUCUAGCCAUAUAAAGUUAAACUUUGCUCUCCUUUUUUUCUGAGGGCAGGGGUCGGUGGUGGGUGGGUCAGAUUUUUUUCGGUCUUUGUUUUGUUUUUUUGGUUUUUUUUUUCAGGAGCCUUGUGGAGGGAAUCAGGAGGGAAUCAGAUUCCAGCCACACUUGAUGGUGGAAGUCUGAUUUUUAUUAUUAUAACAGAAUUUAUUUUCUCAAGCAUUAAACACAUUUUAAGCUGUGAGGGGAAUUGUGGCAACAGCCUAAUCAUUGACUCGGGCUUCCUUUCCUUGGGUGGCUUCUCUGCGGUUUCUUUUUUGGCUGCUGGGAGAAGUGCCAGCCUUCCCUGAUCCAAGUGGUCCUCACACACCGAGGGAUCUCUUUGGAGAGGCACCUGGUCCCAUGGAGGAUGGGAUUGUUGGAGCUGACAUACAGGGAGAAAUAUACUUCUCAUCCCUGCAGCGGGGUCUUUUUUUUUUGUCUGGCUGUGCGUGUUUUUCUAUUUUUAUUUUUUAAUUAAAACUUGUUUUAAUUCCUGCGGAGAGAGUGUGGGACUUGAGGAGAGGGGCGCACAGAAACUGGAGUUUGGAGUUCUUUCAGAGCGAUGGUUCUUGCUCUCUCCUUUCCUCAUGCAGCCCCAAGUAAGAUCCACCAAUACAUGCACAAUCCCCUCCUGCCCUC